AUGGACACCCAAACCCUUGAUCUUCUCAAGAUAAGAGAUGAUGUCACAUGGUACAUAAGGAAGCUAGGCUUGAGCAAGCUCUUCAAGCUAGAGUGUAGUGAGUACUCACAACUCACCAAGGAGUUCCUCUCCACAGUAGCUCUUGCCUUUCCCAACCACAAUGGAGACCAACCAGCUGGUGAUGGACUCCUACUCUUCAAGAUAGGCGAUGCCAAUGGGCGCAUCUCCAUCUCAGCUCUAUGCCAACUCUUUGGACUUCCCAAUGAGACAGCACAUGACUUCAAGGAGAACUCAAAGAGGAAACAAGCUGCCUUUGCUGAUUGGACACACUUUGCCAAUGAACCAUUCUUGCCUUCAAGAUCAAAGGUGUCUAGAAUCACUCAUCCAGCCAUUCGCUAUGUGCACCGCCUCAUCUCCACCACUUUCCAAUGCAAACAAGAAGCCAACAAGGUCACAACUGAUGAGUUCUACAUCCUCACCACACCAUUCAUCAAGCAUGAGUACAAGGCCAACCUUGGUCUUUUACUUGCCAAGACAUUCAUCAAUGUGAGGAAGCUAGCUCAAAGACUUGGAAGGCAACAAGAAGCUUUGUCCAACACUUCCCUUGUCUUGCUGCCACAUGAAGACAUCCCAAGCCUACGCUCAGGUGUUGUCACUUUCCAGCCCAAUGAGGAAGACUUCUAUGUUCCAUCAAGUGAGAAACCAUCAUUCCCCAUGCUCACCUAUCGCACACUUCAGCAUGCAGUCAAGACUCAACGCCGCCACCAAGAACGCCAUGUUCUCACUACUGGCAUGGCCGCGCACCAAGCUCUAGACCGUGUUAACAAGCUGGAGAAGAUCGUGGAAUGCCAAUCUCGCUUCAUCUCACGCCUAGUUCGUGUAGUUCGCCACAUUGCACCGGAGAGACUCUUUCGCCCUUCUUCCACCGCUAGAGAGCCAUAUGAGCCUGACCUUGGUGAGUUCUCACUAGACUCAGAGCUUGGUUCAGAAGGCGAUGACCCCAUAGAUGAGGAAGAGAGUUCUUCUCACUGCCACACAUAG